AAACUUCAUCGCAAAUCAACCACCCAAGUAAAACAAGAGAUCAUCACCAGUUCCACCUCGUAUUACACUCUUGAACAUGUCUCAUUGCAUUGGAUACACAUAAUUUCUCAAUAUGUACGAGAUCACGGACUACCGUAAGCUUACUCCGGUACUCGAUACGAUCUAUGGUGAGAGAAAGGUGGAGUGGGACAUCAGGGGUCAAUCGCUCGUCAUGGUAAGCGAGUCUCAAGACCUAGUGAGGUUGAGAGACAAGCUUCGCAUGGUUGGAGUGACUCCUACAUGGGAGGAAUAUUGUUACAAUGUGCUCGACUAGUAUGCGGACGGAAAUAUAUAUAUAUAUUUGCAG